AUGCCCAGCCUCGUCAAAUCUCUCCUCCUCGGCGUCGGCCUCAGCCAGCUCGCCUACGCCGCCGAUGGCACCGUCACCUUCUUCCGCAACAGGGACUGCACCGGCACUGAGAUGUGGACCGGACGCACGGGAUCCGGAACGAACAUAGCCAGGGGUGGAGACCUACACGAAGCGUUGUCCUUCUCGUAUUCGGGCUACUUCAGGCUCGGCAUCUGGGACGGCCCCACAGUCGGAUCGUCGAAGCAGUGUGCCUACUGCAGCAAUAACCACGCAGACCACAGUGGGGGAGGAUGCAUCAACAUCAAUACUGGCUACGGACCCAAUUACGUUUUUAUGAACGAGCAAAACAACAAUCCAUCCGACUUGCCUUGCCGCAACUUCUUGAUGAGGUGCCCUUUUCCCGUUCCUCCUGGAAACGGCCUUGAGGCGCAGUAA